CGGGUCUUUUUCGCGUUCUCGGCUUGAUGCGUACUUCGAAUUGGAACAGUACUUGGUCUCCGACUGAUGACGUAUCACGAGAACGCAAGUACGCACAAGUAUGCAUAUUGAGAAACGCCCCCUGUGUUAUCUGAGUUGGUGUCCACAGCAAAUGUUUGCAAGCCUGGUAAAACCCCUCUAAUCCAUACACUCUAAUCCAUAAACUCAAUGUCCAUGAAGCUAAUCUUCGUGUGUUUUGCACUCCACAGAGGCAAAGCCUGCGACUGUACAAGUGUUUUUUUUUUGUUUGUUUUUUUCGAAAGCCACCCCUGUACCAUCUCCUCUGUCUGUUCCUGCUCUGAGGGUGGCUAUGAUCCAGCACAUUCCUGCACCCUCAGGGUCCUGCACAUCCUGUGGUUGUCAAGCCAUUGCUAGCCACCUGCCAAGCACUCUGUGAGCCGCUGACCCCAGGGGUGGCCUCCAGACCAGCUCUUGCUGGUGCUGGGCCUGUUUUGGUGCAUCUCAGACGCUUUUAUCCAAAACUCACUGGGUAAUCAGUAAUUAAACUCAGGUAACCCCUGAAGAUUACUGCAUUGCCACUGCAAGCUGACAAGUUAAUUGGUCGACUGCUUGUUGAGUGAGAGCAGCAAACUCCAGGAAAGACAAAUGAAUUAAUCAAUGAGCACAGGAGACCAGCUCAAUUAUAGCAGAGAGAGGAACCACCAGUAACCAACCUGCAAUGUAGUACCUAACACCAGUGCAACAGAACGAGGAAGAGAAAAUAUACAGGGUGACACUGUGAGCUGAUCGGCUACAGUAACAAAAUAACAACAGUAACACUGAUGCUGUCUAUGUGGGAGUGUGUAUGUAUUGAACUCUCAUAUAGAUCUUCAUGAAGACUGACAUCUAUGGCACUGACUUUAAAUCUCACCCAAAAGCCAGAGGGGCCUCUGCCACUGCUGUGCCAGCAACAUCCUGCAAAAUGUGUGUUUUAGUAAAAAAAAGACAGAUACAAGGAUCACAAGGAAGAUGAUGAUGGAGCUGCUGUGGAUGGUUUAGAUGGAUGACUGAUGCAGUUAAAAUAGAAGAUAACAUCAAACUGUUAUGGUCUGGAGUCUAGUGACUCCGUGGUUAUGUUUGUGUUUAUUAAUAUUCACAAUUUUAACUUGUUUCCUGGUUAUUUGUUAAUUAUUUCCAUUUCCUCAUUUUCCCUUCGUGUGUAUUUAUUAUGUGUGUUUACCUCUGUUCUUCAUCCGAUCAUCUGUGUUUCCUUCAUGUUUCAUGUCUCAGGCUCCAUGUUCUUGCUUCAGGUUUUAGUUAUGUUUCUUCGUUCUAUAUGUUCUUUAGUUUAGCUGUUUCCAGUUUAGCUUUUCCUUCGUGUUGUCAGUCCCCCGUUUACUUUGUAGUGUUGUGUCCAGCCAAUAAUAAAGGCUCGCUUUUUUUAACAUAUACCUUCACACCAUUUUGUGUGUGCUUAGGUCCUCAUUCUCAUCACGAGGUCAUCUGAGAAAAAUAGAACAAACACAUGACACAAAUAAUAUUUAGACAACCUGUUUAUAACAACUGAUCAGAAAAUUGCAUGCCUGUAUUAGGAACAUGUUGGCCCGGUUUAGCAGGGAAGGCGAGCAGGAAAUAAGUCAGAGUGCCUGUUAGUGGUGUGAUCACUGUGUGUUUCCUGAUGUGCAGCAAUACUGUUAAACCAGAUGGGCAUAACUACUCAAGCAGCUUUUCUUGCUCACUGAAAACUGCAGAAGCACAGACCUGUGAUCCAGUUGUCCCAUCAGUCAACCCUUUCUUUGUACUGGUCUACAGUCUGGUGUUUCUGGUGGGUUUACUCCUCAAUGGCUUCAUCCUAAAGUUUUACAUUGGUCAAGCUCAGCAGCAGGCAUCAAGCAGUUUGAUGGUCUACCUGAAGAACCUGACAGCUGCUGACUUCCUGCUCUGUCUCUCUCUGCCACUGCGCAUUGCCCACUGUGGUAGCAAGUUAUUCAUCAUUCGAAGGCUCUACUGCAGUUUUGGAGCUUCUGCUGUCUAUGUCAACAUUUAUGCCAGCAUCAUAUUCAUGUGGUAUAUUGCUGCCAACAGGUAUCUGAAGAUCGUCCAUCCUUCAGGAACUCAUGUCCUGCAGUCAGUGCGAACUGCGCACAUCAUCUCCAUGGUCACCUGGGUUUGUCUCCUUGCUCCAUCAGUUACUUACAGCAUCCUCUUUUUCAUCACCGAGAAACCUCUAACGUUUACCCCCAGCCGCUGUGAGCCCCUCUUCAGUGCAUCAAUCAGCCUGUUGUUCAAGAUCGUCCACACCCUCUGUUCCAUCAUCUUCCUGUUGGUCUUCAUAUCCCUGGUCUUCUUCUACUACAGCACCUCCCGCAGGGUGUUGCAGGCACAGCAGAGGCAGCUGGCCUCCUCUGGCUCUGAGAAGCUGGUGAAGUCUCGCAGAAACAUGUUGGUGCUGGUCAGCAUCUUCUGUGUUUGUUUUGUCCCCUAUCACCUGGUUCGACUUCCCGGCACUUUUCUGUGGAACAGCUGCUCUGUGGGUCCAGUGUUGUACUACCUGAAGGAAGUGGCCAUCAUGGUGUCAGUUUUCAACAUCUGUCUGGACCCUGUUGUUUACCUUUUCUUCUGUAAGACUUUUUGGGCUCAGGUGAGAAAGAUGUCCAGGAGAGCCGAUGAUCCAAAUGAACAAACAAACAAACCAGGAGAGUGA